AGAUGGGCAGAGGAAGCACCAGUGGAAACCCACGAGGCAAGCAUUUUAAGCCGCGCUUUCCGGUCCGAGCUAGAUUUAUCUCUCUUCUGCGUCACCCCGGGGUCCAAUACUUCCUUCCAUCUCGCUUUCGACCUGGCUAGUCUGGCCCCUGCCCAAGUCCCCGGCCAGCGACCUUUUCCUCCGCCAACUCACGAGAGGUUCUGGGGUGGUUCCCAUAUAGCAGCCGCAGGGAUCUCCUGUUUCUAUCCAGGCUCCUCCUGCGUCCCACCCUCGGUUAGCAUUUGCUCAGUGACGGUGACCCUCUGUCCCCAGGCACAGCACGGGUACUAAUGUAACGUACUGAAGUGUAUUGGGAGUAAAUGGUUACAACUGUUUCUCGUUACUUUGGCCCUUGAUUGGAGACUUUCCCUUAAGGUAGUUAGUUUCUGCAGUUUGGAGUGAAAGGACCUUACAAUGGAAGAAGCCCUCGAGAUUUCGAAGGACGGAAACUCCCUGAUCAAAGCCGUCUAUCAGAGCAGGCUCCGCCUGACGAGGCUCCUGUUAGAAGGCGGAGCCUACAUUAACGAGAGCAACGAUCGCGGGGAAACCCCUCUAAUGGUUGCCUGCAAGACCAAGCACGUGGACCCCCAGGGCGUCAGCAAAGCCAAAAUGGUGAAAUACCUGCUGGAGAACAACGCCGACCCCAACAUCCAAGACAAAUCUGGAAAGACGGCCCUGAUGCACGCCUGCUUGGAGAAGGCGGGCCCCGAAGUGGCGGCCCUGCUUGUAAAAAGCGGAGCCGACCUGAGUCUGCAAGACCACUCUGGCUCCUCGGCCCUCGUCUACGCCGUGAAUGCCGAGCAGCGAGAGACGCUCAGAGUCCUCCUCAACGCUUGCCAGGCAAAGGGGAAAGAGGUCAUCAUCAUCAUCACGGCCAAAUCUCCUUCGGGGAAGCAGACGACCAGACAGUACUUAAACGUGCCGCCCCUGGAUGCGGAUGGGGGGCCUCCUCCCGCCGCUUGUACCACCCCGUCGGAAAUCGACGUUAAGACUUCCCUGUCCCCGCUGCCGGAUCCGCCCGGGACGGAAAGGGCCGCCUUCGGCUUCGGGGAUCUGGAUCCGUCGGGAAGCGGCGACGCGUCCGGACCGGCCGCCGGGGCCCACCCGGGGACCAAGCCGGCCCAGGUCUCGCGCCUGCAUUCGGAGCCUUGGAUCAAGAAUUCCCCUUCGCUGCUGCCCCAGCACAAAGUGGCCUCUCUACCGGAAGAGCUUCGGGAUAUCUCUCCCGAGGAAGAAUUUUCCUUCAGGAUCAAUGGGCUGCCCUUAUCCAAGAGGUACAUCACCCGGCACCAAAGCAUUGACGUAAAGGACACUGCCCAGCUGCUCAAGUCCUUUGACCAAGCUAGCUCGAGAAAGCUGUCCUACGAGGAGAUCAGUGCACAGUCCCUUUAUGCAGAAGGCCAUCAACCCUGCGGUGAAAUCCCCGCCGACCAGGAUCCGGAUCCCGUCCAGACGCUGUUCGUUUCCACGCUGAGAAGCAUAGUCCAGAAGAGAAGCUUGGGGGCAAAUCACUACAGCUCGGAUUCUCAGCUCACGGCCGGCCCGACUCCUGCCACGGUGGAAGAUGGCAGAACGGUGGCAGGGAAGAAAAAGAUCCUCUCCCCGUCCCCGCUGUUGCUCUCCGGGGCCACGGAGUUGCCGGAAAACCUGCCUCCAGCCCCUGGGAGCCGGAGAAACCCUUCCAUUUUGGAGAGGCGGGGCUCUGGGGCUUUCCCGCUGGAGCACUGUGUACCCACCUGUAUACCCACCAGGCCAGGGUUCCUGCCCCCUUUAAACGUGAAUCCUCACCCUCCUAACGCAGAUAUCAGUGCCUACAGCAAAGUUUCCGGGCUCCUGUCCUGCGGUCAGAAAGCGCUGGUGCCAAUCGUUCCUUCUUUUCCCAAAGACUUCAAGAGUAAGAAAAUGCUGAUAAGGAGACAGUCACUACAGACAGAACAAAUUAAGCAAUUAGUCCAUUUUUAAGAGGAUCUGAGCAAGCACCUUUACACCUGCAACCCAUGGCUAUAUAUGAUAGUCAGAGGACUGAAAGGGACCAGAAAUGUUUGCCUUCGGAUAAAUUAGAAGCAAAUCGAGGUGGAAGGCCUUCGGGGGCAGAGAUUCCACCAUCUCCUUUGGCGACGCAUUCCAGAAUUCUCUGUCACUCAUCAGAUACUCUCUGCUUUCUCUGGCCUCUUGUGCCCUUGGGUUAUGUAUUUAUUUAUUUGCCUCAUUUUGAAUCCACCUCCUGCAGCUGUUUAGAAAUUACACUUGAGGUUACUCGCUUCCCCACUUCCAUCUGUCACUUCUCAAGGAUCGAAACCCCCAUAUUGAGCAUUUUGGGAUCCGUUAGUAUUUAUUUCUUGCUGCCCAAAAUAUAAACAGUGGAACUCUGUGGCAGCCUACCCCAAUUGGCACAGGUCCAGAGACACCCCUCCUUCCCACCCCUUCCCCAAAAAAUAAAAAUAAAAAAGGAAUCAGCUUCUCGGAAGGAUGAAUUCAAAUUGAAUUUAACUCCAACGCACUUCAAUGGUCCUGAACUCCUUCAGGAUACUAGCUCACAUCAUUAGAUAGAGAACUGCUUUACCCAGGCAAAGAUGGGCAGCACUGGGACAAUUGCCUGCUAAUGAUAUAUUGCGGCCACAAAAUAUUUCAGAGAAGGGAUUCUCCUGUCUCUAUGUCUGUUGAGCUCUAGUGGUCUAAAAGUUCCACACUGGUUUCUUAACUUUUGGGUGGAAAAAAAACCCUGUAUUAUUUCAAAUCGAAAGUAAAGAAUAAAGCCAACAACUUUCAUUGCAUCUAUUUGUUUUGGCUUAGAUUUCCAAAGACGUUCUCCUUCAUCUGUUCACAGAAACACAUUUUUGGCUCCUCAUAAGCAUUAUCAUUUGGUGAAUUCUCUACAUCGAAUGGGAGAUCAUCAAGCAAAGAAAACCCAAAGAAGCUCAUUUAAAAAUAAAUUAAAAUGUAGCCUGUCUUUCUAAAAAGUAAUAAAGAGGCUCCUGUGAAAUUGAGUCAUAUUUUCGGAAAUUAUCUCAUCUAUUCCUAGAGCCUAAUUCACCCAAGGACAUUUAAGUAAACCUUGUCCUUGACUCAGAGGGGCUCAGACAAGUCCUCUCAAAACGCCACAACACCUAAUAAUAUUAGAUAGAUUUUUGUGCUGCUACAGCUUUAUUCCUUCCGUGCCUAUUCAUUCGGAAUACAAUGUUCCUAUAUAUUUCACAGUGAAACCUGCUUAAACUCUCUGCAGUAUUUUCAUAUAUUUUCUUUAUCCCAUGUUUCUUUUCCUACUCAUUCAAUACAAGUGGCACUGUUCACAGGGGUAGUUAUUGAAUUCACAAUUCAAAACACAUAUUUAAUUGCAGUUAUCAUGUAAUAUUUUUGUGAGUGAAAAGAAAUGGUCAAAAUGAUCAUUUUUGCACCAUCCCGCACCAAUUUUUCAGUGAUGUGUAUCUGUCGUUUGUAAAUAGUUUGGCAAACUUUAGCACUAUUUAUAAUACUGCAUAACAAGAUCAUUUGCAUUUUGUUUUUAAAGGUAACUUACAGGUGAUGAUAUGCAUAAAUAAAACAUAUUAAACUUGAAUGUCUAAUUAACUCAAUAAAGUUUAAAAAUGCCA